CCUCCUUCAUAUGAUAUGUCUUUCCAGAGGAAGAAUCGCUGCUGUGAGCGACAGAUAAAGCGCAAGAGAAACACGCUCAUUCGCAGCAGUUUAUCUCUGUGUGACGCGUAAUCUCUGUGCGUCUCGAGAUACCCGCGCGAGUUUAUGAAUGAAAAACUUCCCAAACGACAAAGACGUGGAAGUUUUCUCACUGUUUAUCUACGCACCUGGACCAAAACCUAUUGUUUGGUUCAACUGCUUUAAACGCGACUCGCUACUUUUUGCAAAAAGACAGGCUCGCUGCACGAGAGGAAUCUGGCUGAGUGGCUUGUUCUGCGUGGGAUAUUUUCUACGGAGAUCGCUUGUUUUGGAGUAAUGCUUUACAAAGCUAAAUAACUCCCACAAGAAGCGCCACUUCAACACAACCCAGUGCUCGUAAUAACAUUCAGAGGUAGCUCUAUGCUGCCGGAGUUGAUGGGCCAGUGCUGCCCACAGCUGUGUGAAUGAGCUGUCUCGGCCCACCCUCCUCGCCCAGCUGCCCUGGCAUGGCUUCUCUCAGGAAGAUGAAGUCAUGGCGUUUGCUUCUCCUGUGGGUUAUUCUAGCUCAGUUCCCCUUGGCCCACUCACGUCCCGCAGUAACCGAACAAGUCCAAACAGAGGUGAAAAUGGAGCUGUACACAUUGUUCCCCGGGGAGCGUUUGGUGCUGCAGUGCUUGGCUCAAGACGAGACCACAGUCGUAGGCCUAGCGGUCAUCUGGACUAAAGACCGUGCUGCAGUGCUGAAUGGAGACCACAUGCGGGUGAACGGGGGCCAGCUGGAGAUCGGGUCAGUGGAGCUGACAGACUCUGGGCUUUACUCCUGCACUGUCCAGAGCUUGUUCGGCAACCACUCUACCUAUUUCAUCGUUAACGUGACAGGUCAUGCAGUACCGUCUUCUGAGGAUGAGGAUGAUGAUGAGUCAUCGUCAGAAGAGAACAAGCCGUCAAGUAGCCAGGAGCUCUUACCGAUGGCGCCUCAUUGGGCCCAACCUGAAAAGAUGGAAAAAAAGCUUCAUGCCGUACCGGCCAGCAAAACGGUGAAAUUCCGAUGUCAGGCCGAGGGAAACCCGAUGCCGAAACUACGCUGGCUCAAGAAUGGAAAAGAGUUCAAAAGAGACCAACGCAUUGGGGGCUACAAGCUGCGGGAACACAUGUGGACCAUAAUCAUGGAGUCCGUGGUGCCCUCAGACAAGGGCAACUACACAUGCCUUGUGGAGAACGAAUACGGAAGCAUCAAUCACACCUAUCAGCUGGAUGUAGUGGAGCGAUCGCCUCACAGGCCCAUCCUGUACGCUGGUCUUCCUGCAAACCGAACAGCAGUUGUCGGCAGUGACGUAGAGUUCGUCUGCAAGGUGUUCAGCGAUCCCCAGCCUCACAUUCAGUGGCUCAAACACAUACUGGUGAAUGGAAGCAAACUUGGACCUGAUGGACUCCCUUACGUACGCGUCCUUAAGCACUCGGGGGUCAAUAGCUCGGACACCCAGGUGCUGACACUCUACAAUAUCACAGAAGAAGAGGGCGGCGAGUAUAUAUGCAAAGUGUCCAAUUAUAUAGGAGAAGCCAAUCAGUCAGCCUGGUUAACUGUCCUUAGACAUGACAUGCAAGCCACCACCACUCCCUCUGCAGUCCCCAGUCAGUCCUACCUGGAGGUGCUGAUCUACUGCGUCGGAUUCUUCCUCAUCUUCCUCAUGGUAGGAACCGCCACCAUCGUCAAAGUCCGCAGCUCCUCCAAGAAGAGCGACUUCAACAGCCAGCUGGCCGUCCAUAAGCUGGCCAAAAGCAUUCCUCUCCGCAGACAGGUGUCAGUGGAAUCCAGUUCCUCUCUGAACUCUGGUGUGAUGUUGGUCCGACCUUCACGACUCUCCUCCAGCGGGUCGCCCAUGCUGUCAGGGGUGUCUGAGUACGAGCUGCCCCAGGACCCGUGCUGGGAGGUGCCUCGAGAAAGGCUAGUACUUGGGAAACCUCUGGGCGAGGGCUGCUUUGGCCAGGUGGUGAUGGGCGAAGCCAUUGGACUGGACAAAGACAAGCCCAACCGUAUAACUAAAGUCGCUGUGAAGAUGCUGAAAUCUGACGCCACUGAGAAGGACCUGUCUGACCUCAUCUCAGAGAUGGAGAUGAUGAAGAUGAUUGGAAAACACAAGAACAUAAUCAACCUGCUCGGAGCCUGUACCCAGGAUGGCCCUCUUUAUGUCAUCGUGGAAUACGCCUCUAAAGGAAACCUGCGGGAAUAUCUGCGUGCCCGCCGGCCGCAUGGCAUGGAGUACUGUUACAAUCCUGACCAGGAGCCUGUGGAGUGCAUGUCCAUUAAAGACUUGGUCUCCUGUGCCUACCAGGUGGCUCGUGGCAUGGAGUACCUGGCAUCCAGAAAGUGUAUCCACAGAGACUUGGCAGCACGCAAUGUACUUGUAACAGAGGACAAUGUAAUGAAGAUAGCAGACUUCGGUCUGGCCCGGGACGUUCAUCACAUAGAUUACUACAAGAAGACUACAAAUGGCCGGCUGCCUGUCAAAUGGAUGGCACCUGAGGCUUUGUUUGACAGGAUUUACACACACCAAAGUGACGUAUGGUCUUUUGGUGUUCUUCUGUGGGAGAUCUUCACUCUGGGGGGCUCGCCGUAUCCAGGAGUGCCUGUGGAAGAACUCUUCAAGUUACUACGAGAAGGUCAUCGCAUGGACAGACCCUCAGCCUGCACUCAGGAGAUAUACCUGAUAAUGAAAGACUGCUGGCAUGCAGUUCCCACACAGAGGCCAACUUUUAAACAGCUGGUAGAAGACCUUGAUCGCACUCUGUCCAUGAUAUCCAAUCAGGAGUAUCUGGACCUCUCCGUUCCCCUGGAGCCCAUGUACUCUCAGGUCAUCCUGAAUGAACGGAGUUCCACCUGCUCGUCCGAGCAGGACUCAGUGUUCUUAAGAGAGUCUGGACCUGAAGAACCCUGCAUCCCUCUGACAGUUCCCCCACAACAAACUGUACGAUCCUUCAAAAAACGCUGACAGUAGAGAACACCUGGACCUCCAUGUUCAUAGAGGAUCUCUCUACAUCUUUCUGCUUCCUUUGACUCAUCAACUCUGCAGGCUCAGAGACUGAGGAGUUCAGCCUGGGCCGUUCAGCACAGAAACACAAGCAGGAGGACCAGCACACUCUCUAAAACAGGACUGAUCACAAUAGAGAGGGAACUAUCAAACUUUUUUUCCAUCAAUUGUCCUUCAGAGGGAUCAAUCCUCACAAAUAAGGCUGUGUUUACACCUGGCAUUAACUUGCGAUCACCGUGAUCCGAUCAAGUAGAUUGGAUGGGAUCAUCAGUCUAUCAGAACACGCCGCGUUUACACUUGGCAACAUCAACUGACUUUUCUAUCUGGAUAACCGAUCGGAUCUGUCUUUGCCGUGCAAUAUUUGAAUAAGUCUGCAGAGAAUGGCCUGGUGCAAAGUCAACCUGAAGAGGUGGGUUUCUUUUUGAAAACCAUUUUCAGUCGCGGGCCAAUUUACAAAUCAAAGAGAAGUGUAGGAGUCUCAUUAGCGCUCCACACGGGUGUUCUCCAUCUUUUUUUCUAAGUUCAUGAGAGAGGGGCGGCGUUUUGCGUGAUGUCGACCUGUGAAUGCAGACACGAUGGCUGGGUUGUGUUUCCUUACACUGAGAUCUGAUCACAAUGCGUCCUCGACUACCUCUGGACCAGGACACGCUGAUUGGAUAACAUUCCGAUCAGAAGUGCGUUUACACUUGUCUUUUCAAUGUGUGUGUGGACAACAUCUGGAUACAGGUCGCAUGUUAAUGCCAAGUGUAAACGCAGCCUAAGAUGUUCGCAAAGCAUCACAGAAGGAUAAAAUGGUCGUCGAUGUCAACAAAGUCAAUGGGGUGGAGAAAUAAUUUCAAGUAAAUGUAGUUAAAUUGUACAAACAUGAAAUUAUAUAAACACUGUUUUUAUAUUACUAUUAUAAUUAUUAUUAUUUUUGUAUGAGUUUAUCCCCUUUAAUGUUCAAACAUGAUUCGCAGCACCGUGUUCUAACCAGUCUGGUGACAUUUUGUCAUUGCUUGGUUUCUGUUUCUGCAGUCUAGCAAUGAAAU